ACCUGCGUGCUAAUCCGCAAAACGCCAUUCUGCACGAGAGCUAAUAAACAUCACUUAAAUAUGCCGAGGAGAGCGAGACGAGGACCGAGAGAACAGGAGGAAGAGGAUGGCGAAGACCUCCAGGACAGCAGUGGGCUGCAGGCGGCUCUUCAUUCACGCAAAGAGCAGAAGAGAAGGCUCCACAUCAGGACGUCCUGUCAGAGCCUGUGCGAUCUCCUGCCGUUCGUCGAAGGACCCCUUGACACGGCGACCACCCUAGAGCUCACGGCGAGAUACAUCGGCUACAUUAAAACCCAUCUGCCCCCAGACCUCCUCGCCACGGUUAAUCAAACAGUAGAGCAGAACAUGAAGGGCUCAUGGCAAAAGCGAGAGAAUUCAUCAAAGAGAAGGAAGACGAGUGGUCUGAGGAAGAACACCACGCAGAGGUCAAAACCAUCUGCCGAGAAGACUCCUGACAAUGCUGCCCUCUGGAGGAACGUCCAGCCCCUGAUUAGUGUGUCGGCCAACCAGCCCAACGAUCAGACCGCCGCUCCUCUUCUCUUUGCCGAUCGACCCUCUCCUCCACGCCAACCUCCUCCAACCGGCGCCGUUGUCACGCCAAUACUGCUGGACAAGUCGUCGGUGCCUCGUGGACAGAUGCUGCCUCUGUGUCAGGAGCAGUCCUUCUCCUCCUUCUCUGCCCUCACCUUCUCCUCCUUCCAAUAUGUAGAGAACAACUGGAUGGUCCCCUCUCCGCGGGCAUUCUCUAGUCCAGCCCUCCCUAGCCCCACCUUCUCCGGCACCUCCUGCCCCAGCCCUGCCCUAAACGCCAUGACGUCAUCAACAAACGCCAGCCAUAGGGGCGUCCUGCCAGGCGCCACCGGCACUGCCCUGGGGGGCGAGUCCGCAGCCGAUCACGUUGUGACGCUGCAGAUCAUGGACGUCGCCGCCCCCAACGUGACCGACGCAGGAUCAGGGGAGGUCACGACGACGGCGGCGACGGCGGUGAACUUGGACGCGGUCUGGGACCAUCAGGAUCAGACCAUCGUGCUUAUCGUGCUGCCCCCCGCUAUCAGUGACGUCACAACCACCCAGGGGCAACAUCUGCCGUCGGCGGCGUCGGCGGCGGCGCUGGAGAGAGAGAACGCCACCGUGGCGGUCGCAGGGUCAGCGACGGCGUCGGGAAGGUGGGAGGCUUCGUUUGACGCCCCAGUCCAGCAGAGUGGCGUCAGUGGUAGUCCAAUCACGACGGGCGCUAAGGGCAAGGUUGGUCCCUAUUGGCUGGACCUGCUGUUUGAUGACAGCCUGUGCAUCCCGGAGGCCAUAUUUGAAAAUAAUCAGACGGGGGAGGAUCACACCAACGACCAAACACUUGGCACAUUGUAGUGUCAGUUAUCUGUUGCGUCCGACAAGGAUAUAUAUAUAUAUA